CGAGCCCUGUCCAGGGGGUGGCUCAGCCCAGGCCCCGCCCCCAGGCGCGCGGCGCUGGCCGGCUGCUCUCCGAGCUCCAGUCAUCGCCUCUCUCCUCCGCCUCGCCCGGCCUAGCGCUCUGGAAUUCGCCGGGCAGCUGCCUCAGGUGUUGUGGCCAAGUGCGGUCAGCAGCGGCCAGGCACCCCCGGGCGCGCUGUCCCUGCCGGGCCCUUAAGUGCGGCAGCCCGAGCUGGCCCGGUCCACCGCCUCAGGCCCAAGCCACCCUCGGUCAGGCCCAGGCCACCCCUCCCUCAGGCCUCAGCUCAAGCCAACUCCCCAGCCCAGCCUGAUCCCUCAGCUCCUCAUCUGCCCUGUCUGGCUCCGGAUGCCCUCCAAGGCAUUGGCUACUCCCUAGCACCAAUGAGGAGACUCAGUCCAGCCACCCAACCCAGUCCAGUCAUCCAGGUGCAGGAAGAUGGAGACAACUUCAUCCCCUUUGCCAAGUGUUCCAGGGUGGUCAGCCGAUCUCUACCCUCCAGCUUGCCUUCCCAGAGCCUCAGACUGACGCCCCAGCGCUAUGGAGACAUCUUCUGGGAGAACCUUCGUCAAAGGCCCAGCCCCACCUGCAUGGAGGAACAAUAUGUUCCACCUCUGCCGAGAACCACUGGUUGCUCGCAGACUGGCCUGUACCCCCCUGAGGGGCUCCCACCCCCUGAGAUGCUGUUUAGAAGAAAGAGAAGGAAGCCAUAUUUGAUGGGAAUGCAGCAGCGACCUGGAGGCAUCCCAGCCCGGGUAAGGGCAGUCACUUACCACCUGGAGGAUCUAAGGAGGCGACAGAGAAUCAUCAAUGAACUGAAGAAGGCCCAGUGGGGCAGCUCAGGGGCUGCAUCUGAGCCCCUGGUGCUUGACAAUGGCAGCUGUGGAUUCCCCAGCAGCACCGAAUACCCUGACCUGGAAGAGGAGAGGGCACUCUAUCCACCGGAAGGGAACCACUUUCUUCCUCCUGGCAGGACCCAGCUGCUUUGGUCUCCCUGGAGUCCCUUGGGCCAGGAGGGGUCUUGUUUCUCCAGGCAGCUGAGCUCUCUGGCCUCCUACAGCACUGUCAUAGCCCACAGAAACCCCCUCUGCAACCCUUGGGGAAUGGAGCUGCCGUCUGAGGAGUAAGGAGAAACCAUGGUGCCCACGUGCUGCCGCUGCUUCGGGGACCCACGACUAGUUCUCCUGGCUGGAAUCUACCCCAGUUCUGACAUCAAGGCAUUUCUUUCCUUAGCCUCUCCCAACUUCCUUUCCCAUCCUCUGAAUGAGGCAUUAACAGUGCCCUCGGCUUCCCAUCUCAACCUGUCCCUCUCACAAGAACCCCCAAAGCCUGUCCCCCACGCCCGCUCCCAGGCACUGUGUUCUUUCCUGUUCGGUUAUUAAAAAGCAAGCGAAUUGAGCCCAGA